AUACGCAGGUUUGGUUGGAUAGCCUACUUGUGGGACAGGUUAUAGAAUUGUAAUAGCAGGGCCACUGACUAAACAGUCACAACGACUAUUAACAAUCAUAGGGAUAAAUCUAGCUAGAUCAGCUAGUUAGCUAUGAAGUCAGUUGGCAUGAUAUUUCGAUGUCAUACUUACUGAGAGAAAUCUCCGAUCUAUUGAAAACGAACUGUUCCCGUGUGCGGGGAGAGAGGGUUAGUUUCCACUCUGUACAGUUUAUUUCUUAUAUAACAUAUGAUGAUGAAUGGCUGAUAAAUGUUGCUGAAAGCUGACAGCAGCAGUUUCGCUCUACUCGCUCUACUCUUCGCCUUGACUCUGACAGAUCCACCACGGACAGGUCCAAGGCUUGCACUGGCACGACUGCUUUCAGAGCUGCGAUGUAACCCGGGGCAGUUCGCCUGCCAGAGUGGGAAGAUGCAGUGCAUCCCCAUGUCCUGGAAGUGCGAUGGCUGGACAGCUUGUGAGGACAAGAGCGAUGAGAUGGACUGCCCCUCCAUGAAGAAGGAGAGGUUUCACUACGGCAACAGCUUUGACCAGGUGGAGGACGUCAUGGGCGUGGCUCAACCCGUGCACUUCAACAAGAAGUGUCCCACUGGUUGGCACCACUAUGAGAAGACUGCCAGCUGUUACAAGGUGUACCUGGUCAAGGAGAACUACUGGCAGGCGGUAGAGACAUGCCGGAGGGUCAACGGCUCCCUGGCCACCUUUGUCACCAACGAGGAACUGCAGUUCAUCCUGAAGAUUGAGGUGGACUUCGACGAGAACGUGUGCGAGCGCAAGGACCAGUGCAAAUUCUGGGUUGGUUAUCAGUAUGUCUUCACGAAUCAGAACCAUUCCCUGGAAGGGCGAUGGGAAGUAGCUCACAGAGGGUCCAUGCAGGUCUUCUUGCCACCAGAGGGCCUGACAAACUUCAGAGAGGCCGUGCCCAACCAGGAGAGUGUCUUCUGCGCCCAGCUGCAGCGUUUUCAGAUAAAGAACAUGAACGAGCGUGGCUUACACAGCUGGCAUGCUGAGAACUGCUACAAGAAGUUCCCCUUUCUCUGCAAGAAGAGACAGACGUGUGUGGACAUCGAGGACAACGUGGUGAAUGAGGGGUACUACUUCACGCCGAAGGGAGACGACCCCUGCCUCAGCUGCACGUGUCAUGACGGCGAGCCGGAGGUAUGCGUGGCGGCGCGCUGCGAGAGACCUCAGGGCUGCCAGCACUUCCGCAUGGACCCCAAAGAGUGCUGCAAGUUCACCUGCCUGGACCCAGAUGGGAACAGCCUCUUCGACUCCAUGGCCAGUGGAAUGCGUCUGAUCAUCAGCUGCAUUUCGUCCUUCCUCAUCCUGUCUUUGCUGCUCUUCAUGGUCCACCGGUUGAGACAGCGGCGACGUGAGCGUAUUGAGACCCUGAUCGGAGGCAACUUGCAUCACUUCAACCUGGGCCGCAGGGUGCCUGGGUUCGAUUACGGGCCAGACGGGUUUGGCACGGGCUUGACCCCCCUCCACCUGUCUGAUGACGGAGAAGGGGGCGCUUUUCAUUUCCAUGAGCCACCCCCACCCUACGCCGCCUACAAGUACCCUGACAUCCACCACCCAGAUGACCCUCCACCUCCCUACGAGGCCUCUAUCAACCAAGACUCCCUCAUCUAUGUGGAUUUAGGAAGGACUGGAGCUGUGGCAGCAGAUGGUGGUCAGACAGGCCCUGAGGGCAGCAGCCCCAGCAGUCCCCCAGAACACAUCCCAGAGGGGAGCUCCACACUGGGCCAGUCCUCUGUGGAGCACGAAGACUCCAUCGACAGCAGCACUCUCCUGGUCGCCCCGGACACACCAACCAACAGCCCCGCAACAGAGACUACUGCGGCAGGAUACACCGGCAGCUCCUCACUAAGCACUGUUGUAUAGAGCCAAGAUACUGCCUGCGAGAAAA